AUGUCUCUUCACCCCUCCUACCACGCCGACUCCGACGCGGAUGAUGAAUAUGAACGUAGCGUGAUUACCUCGCCACACCUUACAAUGGAGUAUGAGACGUCGCCCACGGAUUCGAACAUUUCAUCGGCAGAACACACGCCGACCAAGUUUGGUCACCCGAGCGAUGGUCCCCGCUCCCCGCGAACAAUCAUCACGGAAUGGUCAAUCGAAGAAUGCCAGGAAUUCUUGACGUCACUUGGUCUGCUGCAAUAUCAUGGCACAUUUAGAGAGAAUGGGAUUGUUGGCGAAGCGCUUAUUGCCCUGAGGCACGACGAGUUGAAAGAAAUGGGAAUCAACAGUGUUGGACAUCGCCUGACAAUUUUGAAGAAUGUAUAUGAGAUCAAAGUCAAACAAGCGGUUCCUUUGGAUGCGGAUCAUUAUAUCCCACUUUCUGCCGAUCAAAGCAUGAACGAGACAGCAACGCAGGAUGAUCUUGCCCGUUUGAUCAAAUCAAUUCAGGUUCGAGAUGAGAAGCUCAUGUUGGUUGAGACAGAGCUGCGUCGAAUCACAGAUGAUUACCGAAGAUUGCGUGAAGAGAUUCUUCCAGUGAUUAAGAUAGCAAAGGAUCGUUCGCACCCACUGCCUCCGCCAUCUUCAGGUGGACAGCCUGCUGGAGGGCAGUCUUCAGAAUGGCAUGACAGCAACACAGGCACAAUUACCUCGCCUUCUCAAAUAACCCUCAAUGAGAACUCUUCUUCGUCAAAGCUUGUGCGGGCUUUCUCCAAGCGCAUUCACACCGGGGGUGCCACGCCGAAAAACCAUUCGCCAACACACAUUCCACCCAUGAUACACGAAGGCCGCUCUCAUCACGAUACCUUGAAUCCAUCAGCUGCUGCGCUGGCUGCUUCAUCCCAUCUGACAGCUUCAAUGAAUGGACAAUCGCAGCACUCGCCUGGAAUUCCCUCUCCGACAUCGCCCAACACACACCAUGCUCAUCCUCAAACACUCAACCCGCGUUCCUACUCCCAACCGAGCGCUAACACUAACCGCAACACGAACUAUGAUUAUGCCGAACAAACCCCUACAAUGCAUUCUCGAUCAGACCGACUCACCCCAAGUCAAAUGCCAACAUCUCGCACUGAGACUCCAUCUUCAUCCCGCCUUGACCCGCGCAAUGACCCGCGUCAUGACCACCGAACUGAGUCUCGGGCCGAGUCAAGAGCCGGUGGAGGCGAACCAUCCAGCGUGGAAAUAUUCAAGUCAUUCCGAGUCUCAUGGGAAGACCCUUGCUACAAGGUCCUACCAGCUGCGCUCAAAAAAUAUAAUAUUAACUCUGACUGGAAGAAUUACGCACUUUACAUCGUUUAUGGUGAUCAAGAGCGUUGCUUGGAAUUGAACGAAAAGCCCCUUCUUUUGUUCAAGCAACUAGAAAAGGAAGGCCGCAAACCAAUGUUCAUGCUCCGGAAGAUCCACAUGGACACACCGCAAGGGACCCCCGGACCUGGCGCCACGGCACCCAACAAUGCCGGCUUUGAAGGUGGCCGCCAAGGCCAGAUAAACCUCCCAGGGGGUGUUUUGUGA